GCAUAGAUUUCAUUCUCCGGUUAGAUCUCGCGGUAGCACUACGUAUGGCUAGAGUGUGGAAUGGCUCUCACGUUGUCGACUAGUUUGAACCAUAUAACUAAGCAAAUACUCGAAAAUCGAAUAUUGUUGCGAUCUGUUUCUCCGGCGACAAGGUGGUUGCAUCAAUUACCUACGUUUUCAAUGAAGGCAAAUAUUUUAUUUAUACACAGAUGGCGCCUUUACAGGCACAUAGGAAGGUGUACAAGACAAUCCAUUCCAAGACUAAAGCAGUUUUCAACUUGUUCCGUAGUCCACCAAACUCCUGCAGCCCAUGUGCCUGGUACAAUCCAACCUGAAAUAGAUCCUUUUAAACUAGCAGAGCCUGAUUUAAUAAACCUCUAUUCUGACAUUAGGAAGGAGCUAUCAACACAAAGUAAUCAUCUAGGGCAGAUAUCAAGUUACUACUUUGAUGGUCAUGGAAAAGCAUUCCGUCCUGUAAUGGUUGUACUUAUGGCCAGAGCUCUAAAUUAUCAUAUAUUUGAAUGCAGUAGAUUAUUAGAUACCCAACAUCGCAUGGCCAUUAUCUCUGAAAUGAUACACACAGCUAGUUUAGUGCACGAUGAUGUAAUUGAUACAUCGGACACUCGCAGAGGAAAAUCUAGUGUGAAUGUUUUAUGGGGCCAAAGAAAGGCUAUUUUAGCUGGAGAUUUUAUUUUAGCUCAAGCUGCACGAAUACUUGCUCAGUUAGAUAAUGAAGAUGUUGUUCAUCUUUUAGCUCAGGUGCUUUUAGAUCUGGUUCAGGGAGAAUUUAUGCAGAUGAGUUCAACUGAAGAUGAAACAGAAAGGUUUAAUCAUUAUCUUAAAAAGACUUUUAAAAAGACAGCGAGUCUCACAGCUUACACUUGUAAAGCAGCAGCUGUGUUGUGUGGAGCUGAUGAAACUUUACAAGAAAUGGCUUUCCAGUAUGGGCGAAAUGUUGGAAUCGCUUUCCAGCUUAUAGAUGACUACCUAGAUUUUAUUUCAAGCCAGUCUGAUCUAGGUAAACCUGCGGCUGCUGACUUAAGACUAGGGCUGGCAACUGCUCCAGUAUUAUAUGCAAGUCAAAGGUUUCCACAUUUAAAACCAAUGAUUGCUAGGAGGUUUAGUGAGUUAGGGGAUGUUGAAAAGGCAUUUGAAGCUGUACAUAAAAGUGAUGGACUAACACACACCAAACUUCUAGCUAGAAGACACUGCGAUGAAGCUUUAAGUCACAUCUCAAUUUUGACAGAUUCUGUAGAGAAAAGAGGUUUAAUAACUGUGAUUGAAAAAGUCCUAGAAAGAAGCAAAUGAAUAUGCUACAAAAAAUUAUUUAUUAUUAACAAUGCAAUUAACAUAAGAGAAUGGGGUAAUAUUGUCAUCAGGUGGCCUAGGGUAUACUGUUCUGCAUAACCUGAUGGCAACAGUAGCAUCCUGUAUAGAAAAUUGCACAAGUUAGAUGCUCACGUAUUUUGCUGUUUGGAUAAUCAGAUUCUGUGAGGCUGAUAUGUGAUCUUCAGCGACUAAUGUUCUGUGCAUUUUCAUCAGGGCCCAUCUGUUAUUUGUUCCAAAUGCUGUCUGUGGUAAUUAUGUGCAUUCAGCCUAUGUAUGAUAAAGAGUAUGUACCAUAAACUGUAUGCAAUCCUUCAUUAAGACUGCCAAGUGAUAAAUUAUAGAGAUAUAUUUUCAUCCAUUCAAUCACUUUGUACAAACAUGAUUGAAAUGAAUCUUUUAUUUAUGUAUAAAAAGGGUGGGUGGGGAAUAUAUGUGUAAUUAAUAUGAUGCAAGAAAUUACUUUAUAAUAAAGUAUUAAAAUGA